AUGGCUACAUCAACCAUGGCACUCCAAGCCUCGACUCGCGAUAUACAGAUGAUCGACUCCAUCGGCGCUCUGGAGAAAGUCCUCGACGAGCUCGAUUGCCACUCGCAUAAACACGCUGCUUUGUUCUUCAAUGUCCAAGCCAUCAAUCCAGGAGAAGACGGCUCAAUCUCAAUUAUCUCCCUCUUUGUUCGACCAAUUCAAAAGCUCUUCCUGAUCGACGUGCUCACCGUAGGCGUCGAUGCAUUUACGACGACCAGUCUCGCUGAUAACUCGCUCAAGCUCCUGCUUGCAACUUCCGCUGCGUCAAAGAUCUUAUUCGACGUUGGAAACGCCUCUGCCGCGCUGUUCAAGCAUCACGGGAUUUGCCUGAAUGGAAUCAAAGACCUCCAGGUUAUGCAACUCGCAACACAUUAUCCACGCGCCCAGAAAGCUCAGGCUGCAAGUUUGGAGACGUGCGUCGAGAAAGACGCACGCAUUCCUCCACGGUCCCUCGCGGUGUGGAAGCAGGUGCACAGUGCUGUGAAACAACUACGUGAUCCGGCCAAGGGAGGACGCGACGCUGUAUUCAAAGAGCGGCCUCUCAGGAGGUCAAUCCUCGAUUAUCAUGUGCAGAACGUUUUGAUCCUACAGUGGCUGUGGGUUGCUUACUGCGAAACGCUCUGCAAGCCGAACAAUGCCUUCUGGCGGAGCAUGGUCUUUCACACAGUCGGGGAUAGGAUUAGAGAAUCGAUGAACCCCGCUCGCACCGGUGGAGCGGAUGUCAAACAUUGGGGUUGGAGUAGGGAGUUCAUCGAGACUAGCAAGCGUGGGUGGAACGAGGAUAUACUUCUUGAGCUCGAGGGAAUCCCCAUGGUGGGCCGUUGCUGGCUUGAUCCCAACUUUUUCUGA